AUGAGCUCCGACGACGCCUCGCCGCAGGCAGGCCAGAAGUAUAACAACAGUCCCUCAAACGACUCCUCCCGACCCCUCCCUGGCCAUAACCCCGCGAUCGCGAAAUAUAGCAAGGUCCAACUCCGACCAGAGUCAAUUGUGAAGCCUGAUCUUUUCACAUUAUACUUUGGAUUUUUCGGCACAGCAGCCUGGAUGCGAAGGGUCUCGAGCACAGUGAAUGAGCGAGUAGAGAAUCACUACGUGCUGACAGCACGAUCCCCGACCCAAGAAGAAUUCGAUGCAAUUGUUGAGCACGGAACACGAUGCCUGUACUACGCGCGGACGGGUAUACCCGUAAGCUCGUUCCUUGGAACAGCAUUUAUCUACAACCAAGCACGCAAGUCGCCAAUGUUCCCGCGCAAUCCCACGCCAGCGUCAUUGUUCAACGCGGUGCGUACCAUGUGGGGCGAUGCCGCCAUGAAAGGCAAAAUCGGAUCAGGCGCAUUCAAAAUGCUCUUUGUCAUUACUCUUGGUUCCAUGGCAUCGAGCGCUUACGCUGUUUCCAAUGAUGCCAUGCACAUGUUGACGGACCCGCGAUUGAAAGGGUUUAUCGAGGACGUGCGCAAGGCGAAACCCGACGAUGUGCGCAAGCGCAAGAUCCAGGCCGCUUCUGAGCGCGCCCGCAGCAUGCGCAGCGGAGAGAAAGAUGUCGGCUCCCAGAUGCAACAGGCUAUCGGCACGUCUGGCGGAUAUGUUGGCGACGACGGGUACCAACAGGAGCAGGCGUCUGAUUCUUCACCGCAACCAAGCUCCUACUCUGAAUAUGUGAACUUGAAUGAUACCCAAGGAGACUCUCAGUCUGCUUCAUAUGACUCGUCUACACCGGGUUUGAAUGCUGGUGCGAUCUGGGCACGUGGAAGGAGCACUCAACCCGAGUCAAGAUCGGCUUUGGAUUUCAUGGAUGAGGAUGAUGCUAGCCCUACAGCUGCGGAGUACCGGAAUACAAACAUCGAUGGAUCAUCGAGUACUGGCAGUGCUUGGGACCGGAUCAGACGACAGAAUGCCGGAGCUCGCUCUCAGCCUCGACAGCAGCCUGGCAUGUCACAGCCUUCACUGAACCCUUACUCUAACUCUGCUGAGCACGGCCAGAGUGAUCAAGAAAGGUACGAUUCCGGUCAGAAGACGGAGAGGGAUCAAGCACAGGCAGAGUUUGAUCGGAUGAUUGAGGCGGAGAGGCACGCUGGUAGUGAAGGAUCAUCUCAAAACCGAGGUUGGGGAUCUUGA